UCCGGCCCGCGAGAGUUUGUCCGAUCUGGACCGCUAGGGGGAAAGGCGACUUAAAAACUUCCAGUAGCAAAAGCGGAUUAGAGGAGGCUCUACACAUCCAGGUGAUCUUUAAGGCCUCCUGACACCCACAACGAGCAAGGAAAGUAAAUUGUGAAGACAACGCUUCCCUUAAGACGUAAACACCAAUGGACACCUGAGUCACGUGAUGCACACGCGCCAAAGUCUUAGACGAAGAAAUAAACACGCGGCCUUCCUUCUCCUGGCCUUUAAAAUCGGACUCGGUGAGGUCGGGACGCCUCCAAUAAGGAGGAUUGUUUCCCAUCUAGUUCAUUACUGCUCGCCCCUAGCCCAACGUGGUCGUCGCAUCCUUCGCGACAGCCAUACUAACCGUUUUGCUGCUCUCGCCAAGACUUCCGCCCAUGUCCAAGAUGGCGGCCGGGCGGCUUUCCUUAACCUUACGGCGUUUGCUAGCGUCUGACGUCUGAGCUGGUAGGGGGUGGAGCGGUUAGUAAACCGCAAAUGUAAGAGCUGCCGCGGGAGAGGCGGCCAUGGACUGGAAAGAAGUUCUUCGCCGGCGGUUAGCGACGCCCAACACCGGUGCAAACGAAAAAAAAAGUGAACAAGAAUUGAAAGAUGAAGAAAUGGAUUUAUUUACCAAGUACUACUCAGAAUGGAAAGGAGGUAGAAAAAACACAAAUGAAUUUUAUAAGACCAUUCCCCGGUUUUAUUAUAGGCUGCCAGCUGAAGAUGAAGUUUUGCUACAGAAAUUAAGAGAGGAAUCCAGAGCUGUCUUUCUACAAAGAAAAAGCAGAGAACUCUUAGAUAAUGAAGAAUUACAGAAUUUAUGGUUUUUGCUGGACAAACACCAAACACCACCUAUGAUUGGAGAAGAAGCAAUGAUCAAUUAUGAAAGUUUUUUGAAAGUUGGUGAAAAAGCUGGACCAAAGUGCAAGCAGUUUUUCACAGCAAAGAUCUUUGCUAAACUCCUUCAUACAGAUUCAUAUGGAAGAAUUUCCAUCAUGCAGUUCUUUAAUUAUGUCAUGAGAAAAGUUUGGCUUCAUCAAACAAGAAUAGGCCUCAGUUUAUAUGAUGUCGCUGGGCAAGGGUACCUUCGGGAAUCUGAUUUAGAAAACUACAUACUGGAACUUAUCCCCACCUUGCCACAAUUAGAUGGGCUGGAAAAAUCCUUUUACUCCUUUUAUGUUUGUACAGCAGUUAGGAAAUUCUUCUUCUUUUUAGAUCCUCUAAGAACAGGGAAGAUAAAAAUUCAAGAUAUUUUAGCAUGCAGCUUCCUAGAUGAUUUAUUGGAGCUAAGGGAUGAGGAACUAUCCAAGGAAAGUCAAGAAACAAAUUGGUUUUCUGCUCCUUCUGCCCUAAGGGUUUAUGGCCAGUAUUUGAAUCUUGAUAAGGAUCACAAUGGCAUGCUAAGUAAAGAAGAACUCUCCCGCUAUGGAACAGCAACCAUGACGAACGUCUUCUUAGAUCGUGUUUUCCAGGAGUGUCUCACUUAUGAUGGAGAAAUGGAUUAUAAGACCUACUUGGACUUUGUUCUUGCACUAGAAAACAGAAAGGAACCUGCAGCUCUACAGUAUAUUUUCAAACUUCUUGAUAUUGAGAACAAGGGAUAUCUGAAUGUCUUUUCCCUUAAUUAUUUCUUUAGGGCCAUACAAGAACUAAUGAAAAUCCAUGGACAAGAUCCUGUUUCAUUUCAAGAUGUCAAGGAUGAAAUCUUUGACAUGGUAAAACCAAAGGAUCCUCUGAAAAUCUCUCUUCAAGAUUUAAUCAAUAGUAAUCAAGGUGACACAGUUACCACCAUUCUAAUUGAUCUGAAUGGCUUCUGGACAUAUGAGAACAGAGAAGCCCUUGUUGCAAAUGACAAUGAAAACUCUGCAGACCUUGAUGACACAUGAUCUUUGAAAAGACUAGACUGUCUUCAUUAAUGUAUGGUGCAGUGGUACAUGCAAAACCUUUGAAGCAGAAUCCUUAGAAAUGGUCUAAAUAAACACUUCAUAUGCCUAUAGAUCACAGCAUAUGUUUUGGUUCCUGGUAUUUUGGUUGUGACAGUAUGGAAGCAGUAGGACCAAAUAUUGCUUCUGAGGAGAUGGUUAAGUUCUUGUUCCAUUUAGUUCAAAAUGAACCUUUGUGAUUUGAUGUUUGAUGAAAGUGUUCAGUUUAUGUAAUCUUUAAAGGUAAAGGAAGUUUUCAUGGACUGUUUUUUAUAUUAGUCAUUCAGAAUUUGAAUAUUUGAAAGAGUUUCUCUUGGGAUGUUUUAAUAAAAAGUAUUCAAAUUAAUAUUUUACUUUCCUUGAAAUCAUUGUUAUAAAAAAAUUGGUUUAACUUUAUAAGCCAACAUCAGAGUUACACUUUAAAAACUCUAUUUUCUUAAGGAAUUUGUUGGAGAAUUUAUGUUAUUCAGUGUAAAGUGUCUCCAUUUAUACUGCUGUGUUUAGUUUUUUGGAGCCAAAAGACUAGAAGCAGGUAGCUUAUCAUGAAUUAUAGUCUAGAGGGAAAAAUAAUUCUUAAAAGGGUUGAAAAGGAAAUAAGAAAAGUGAAAGAGGCUUAAAAUAAGAUAAACCAUUUAAUGCAUUUGUGGGAAAUUUUAGAGUUUGCAUAAACAAAAGUAUAAAAAUUUAAGGCACAGUAAAUUUAUUUAUAAACAUUACAAACUGGCCACUAUUGGACAAAUAGCAAAAGUAAAAUUCAAGAAAUGAAACUUUUAUGUCACUGUCUUCUUUUUACAACAGUCAGAAAAGUGUGUAAACUAUUUUGAUACUAGUGCCGCUAGAGAAGGAAGACAGAAGAUUACCUUUAGAUAUACCUUCUUUCACUUGAUGACCAAAUAAAUAUCAGAGUUGGAGGUACUACCACAAAUGAGGUUUUAAAAAACAAACUGUGGGGAAGAGAUCAGGUAAGCAUGUUUUAGAGCUAUGGUAAACUAAUUUAUGGUAACCAUAUAAUCCAAAGAUUAAUCCUUUAAGCACUAAAUUACAUGAAGUCUAUAUCAGUGAAUAAAAACAUUACCAUCACAUAUUGUGAUACACCAGUACCAAAUAACUGAACACUCCAAAUGAGUUUAAUUACCCUUCCUAAAUUCUUCAAAUUUCAGUUGAAGAACUUAGUUCACAUUCAUUGAUGAUAGAUUUCCAUAAUAGGCUCACUGUACCUAUGUUACAAAUUUUUUUGAAGC